CGCUAUUGUUCAUAUUGAAAGACCUGACAAGCAGUUGUCGACCAAACAGAGAGGUCGCUGUUCAUUCAUUUUCGUUGUAUAGUGCUAUUACUCUGCAGAUCACGACCACCACCAUGGACUCCAUGAGGAGCCUGAAUACGUCUCUGCCGGGUGCAUCGUCCGCAAAGCAGCCGGUUGGAGAGCCACCUGAACAACUUCUACAAUCCUUCAAGGCUGCCGCGCUAUCGGUCACCAAACUCUACAAGACUGCCGCAGCAGACCAAGCACGGGCACGGGCAGAGGGUUAUCAAGAUGCGUUGGACGAAUUACUCGCUUUCUUGGAUAAGGAAAAUAUUGGUGUGAGCGAUGGGGAAGGCUGGAGAAUACGACGCUGGGCCACCGAAAGAUUGGAUGGUCGAGAUUCUGUGUCCCAAAGUAUGGAAAGUGAUGACGAAGCUGGGGAGAAGAUGGAUGGUGGACUGUCACCAGAGAUUCAGCGGUCCCAGAGUGCAACAAGACUCUCUCCCACAACCGGAACAACACCAAUAGCAUCACCAGAACGAACAGAAUCCCAGGUGCCACCUCCAGUCGUCACUCCAGUCCCCAGCGAACCCACGAUUACGAUGCCUCCCCAGGGGAUGUUCACUUUCCAAGCGGGGCCGGCAUAUCCACAAGAUACAGAUAUUACCCUUUCGGAUCUGAAUCUGUCGGAUAACGUCCGUCCUCAGAGUAAUGACAAUCUGAUGGCGUCACAUACCGCUAACACACCCAUCACCGUUACGAGAACCCCACGAACCAAUCCAAGACACAACCAUCCUACACGACUGAACACGAGAUCCACGAGCUCUCUCUCCCGUGGCGCAGGGCAGAAACGGAAGAUAAACUUUGCCGAGUUGUUUGAUAUUUCGAACCCAAGCUACGGCAAGGACGGCUUUGGCGGUGGAGGGAAGCGAGGGAGAUUUGUAUGA